AUGUUUCAGGUAAACAAGCUAUCUAAAACUGAAAUUGCAGCAUAUAAAGAAGCUUUUCGGAUGUUAGACAGGGAUCAUGAUGGACGUUUGACUGCAAAAGAAUUGGGGUCAGUUUUACGUUCGCUGGGUCAACACGCAGCUGAAUCUGAUUUACGCGACUUCAUUAACGAGGUCGACAUAGACGGCAAUGGGACUUUAGAAGUGGAUGAAUUUUUGGAAAUGAUGUCAAAACGUCAGUGGGAAGUAAACCAUCUGGAAGAAAUUAUGGACGUAUUUAAAGUAUUAGACAAAAAUGGCGACGGUUUCAUCAACGCGGCUGAGUUACGUCACAUUAUGUCGAAGUUGGGAGUAAAAAUUAGCGAUCAAGAAGCUCAAGAUAUGAUUAACGAAGCCGACGAGGAUGGAGACGGCAAACUAAACAAUGUCGAAUUUGCUAUCUAUCUAUCUAUCUAUCUAUCUAUCUAUCUAUCUAUCUAUCUAUCUAUCUAUCUAUCUAUCUAUCUAUCUAUCUAUCUAUCUAUCUAUCUAUCUAUCUAUCUAUCUAUCUAUCUAUCUAUCUAUCUAUCUAUCACAGUCUGUUCAUAUCUAUCUAUCUAUCUAUCUAUCUAUCUAUCUAUCUAUCUAUCUAUCUAUCUAUCACAGGCUGUUCAUAUCUAUCUAUCUAUCUAUCUAUCUAUCUAUCUAUCUAUCUAUCUAUCUAUCUAUCUAUCGACAGAUUAUUUAAAUAUUAUUUAA